UUCCCUGUUUUACCCUGCGCGGUGAUACAGCGAACCCGUAUAUACGAAAAUUGCAUUUACCAUUUAUCGCAUGAGUUUAAUUAAAAUACUUAAAGUAUAUUCGGUGACUCUGAAUCACAUUUUGUCCUGAUACCAGAUUUGAACUGACGCAAAUCUCUUUCACUAAGGAGCCUGGGACUAAACACCACCCUCUGCAACUGGAUCCUGGACUUCUUGACGGGCAUCACUGGGGCCAAGCUUCCUGCCACCCAGGACCUAUAUAAUAGGCGGUGUCAGAGGAAAAAACAAAAAAUUGUCUGGGACUCCAGUCACCCAAGCCAUAGUCUGACUGACCAGAGCGCCAAGUCUAGGACCAAAAGGCUCCUUAACAGCUUCUACCCCCAAGCCAUAAAACUGCUGAACAAUUAAUCAAAUGGACACUGGACCAUUUGUUUUGUACACUCGCUGUUUAUUAUCUAUGCAGUCACUUCAACCCUACCUACAUGUACAAAUUACCUCGACUAACCUGUACCCCCGCACAUUGACUCGGUACCGGGAACCCCUGAAUAUAGCCUCGUUAUUGUUAUUUUGUGUUACUUUUUAUUAUUUUUUACUUUCGUUUAUUUGGUAAAUAUUUUCUUAACUCUUUUUGAACUGCACUGUUGGUUAAAGGCUUGUAAGUAAGCAUUUCACGGUAAGGUCUACACUUGUUGUAUUCGGCACAUGUGACAAAUAAAGAUUGAUUUGAUAACCAGAAAGACCCCUGCAAGCUAACUAACGUUAGUUAAUAACAACAGCUAAUGAUUCCAUAUAUUCAAACUAUUUCAAUAGGCUAGCUAACGUUAGCUAUACUGACCUCGUCGCGGAUUUGGUAAGAAUUGGGUAAUUCUUCAGCAGAAUCAAGUAUUGAUGCAGCAGUCCCAUAUAGAGGGCAGAGUCUCGAAUCGGUAAACUUUGUACAGGCAUUGUCACGGUAGAUAUGUUGCAUUUAGACGAUACGUUUUGUGUUUGAAGGACCACCACCGCACAGAUGUGUCUGGCCCUAUGACAGAUAUGUUUGGCCAAAUGAUGAAUAUAAACCCUGGAUUGCUGAUGCUAUGUAGUGGCCAACGAGAGCAUUUGAAGCCACCGGUCAGCCAUAUUGACACUUCCUAGAAGAAGCAGUCCUCCAUAGGAAUGGAUGGAAUUCUACAGUAUUUUAAUUAAUGGUUUCAAGGACAAAAAAAAUAUGUAUUUACGUUUUUUUUGUAGAGGGACAUUAACAUUAGAAAAUCAUACUUUAGGGAAAUGUUUUUAUAUAUAUUUUCAUCUUUCAGGGACUAAAAGACUAGUCGGGAUCGAGGGAAAGAUGAACGGAGCAAAGUACAGAGAGAUACUUCAUGAAAACCUGCUCCAGAGCGCUCAGGACCUCAGACUGGGGCGAAGGUUCACCUUCCAACAGGACAACGACACUAAGCACACAGCCAAGACAAUGCAGGAGUGGCAUCGGGACAAGUCUCUGAACGUCCUUGAGUGGCUCAGCCAGAGUCCAGACUCGAACCCGAUCUAACAUCUCUAGAGACCUGAAAAUAGCUGUGCAGCGACGCUCCACAUUCAACCUGACAGAGCUUGAAUGGAUUUGCAGAGAAGAAUGGGAGAAAUUCCCCAAAUACAGGUGUGCCAGGCUUGAGGCGUGAUACCCAAGAAGACUCAAGGCUGUAAUCGCUGCCAAAUAUGCUUCAACAAAGUACCGAGUAAAGGGUCUGAAUACUUGGUGAAUGUGAUUUGUUUUUAUUUUUAAUACAUUUGCAAACAUUUAUAAAAACCUGUUUUUGCUUUGUCAUGGGGUAGUGUGUGUACAUUGAUGAGGAAAUUAAACCAUUGAAUACAUUUUACAAUAAGGGUGUAACGUAUCAAAAUGUGGAAAAAAUCAAGGGGUCUGAAUACUUUCUGAAUGCACUGUACUUCUCAGUAGUCUCUGAACAGCUUUCAAUACCACUUACCUCAGCUGACAUGGCAGACAUCAGUUCUGACUCAUUAGAAUUACAUUAGUAAAAUGCACAGAGGUCAUUGACCCUUGGAGAUGUCCACAGAUGCAGAAAUAAAAUUGUCUUUACUGGAGAACAUGCAAGUAACUGUACUUCCACUGGUUACAGUUUGUACUAGAGAAGAUAAGGGUGAAUAACUUUGGGUAGUCUGAGAUGUGAAGUCCGAAAGCCAUAUGGUUCAACUGCUGACAAUAACAUGUGAUGGUUCAACUGCUGACUUGUUAUCAUUUUGGGAAAGGUGAGGCAGGGUGUGUCUAUUUGUAUUGCUGUUAAAAUUCCCUCUGCACUCACGUAUGUCUGACGUAUCACAAGAUACCUGCAAUUGUUAGUCAUUAGCAGUAUUAGCUGGGCCUGGGUUUUCCCAAGGAUUGGGUUUCAUCGACAAUGACAUUAGGUUUCCCUUUCUGGUGUCCGACAUACAGUAUCUGUGUGAAUGAUAGGGAAUUGUCUAGAAUUAUAGGGAAUGAUCUAGAAUGGUUUCUCCUUCUGGUGUCCAACAUACAGUAUCUGUGUGAAUGAUAGGGAAUUGUCUAGAAUUAUAGGGAAUGAUCUAGAAUGGUUUCUCCUUCUGGUGUCCAACAUACAGUAUCUGUGUGAAUGAUAGGGAAUUGUCUAGAAUUAUAGGGAAUGAUGUAGAAUGAGAGAAUUGUAUCGAAUUAUAGGGAAUGAGCUUUAUACAUGUUUGUGUGAUAUGUAUAAACAACAACGAAAUAUAAAAAAAUGUACAUCCUUGGAAUGGGAGCAAGUCAUUGGGCUACUUUAUUUCAUGGGGUUUAGGCUCUUACUCUGUUCUAAGUCUUAACUCAACAAUAAAUAAAAAAAACGAUUUAUUGCACACAACUCUCUAUAAAUUGCAGCAGACUACAUCAUUAUUAUCAGAGAAUAGAAACCGAAAGUGGUGGGAGGCAGAGAGGAAAAACGAAUCUGAAUUUGAGGGGCGGGGCAGAUCAGCUGUUAUAUACCAGGCUCAGCUGUACACGGUCACCAUCUUCAAUCGUAGAAGUUGUUUUUGUCAACAUACCGAUUUCUCAAAACUAUUUGUUGAAACAGUUUGCAAGACUUCACAACAAGGACUUCUCAACAAUAUCUACUGAAAAAGAUAUCUAUCAUGGAACUCACUAUAACACUUUUGAAUGGGGACUCACAUCCCCUGACGGUUCAGCCACACACCACUCUGGGGUCGCUCAAGAGUCUGAUCAACCAACACUUUGGAGUGGCCAUGGAAAGGCAGAGGCUGUCAGGUGUCAAUGGGAACAACAUCAGUCUCAGCGAUGAUUCAAAAACUUUGAGUGACUAUGGCCUGCAUUCAGGAUCUAAAGUGAUGGUGCUGAUUACAGAACCCACUCAUAUCCAGGUGUUCCUGAAAAACGAAAAGGGCCAGACGCACACAUAUGAGGUGGUGUCAGGUGAGACUGUAACCCAGUUCAAAGCCAAGGUCCAAAACAAGGAGGGAGUCCCAGCCAACCAACAGAGGCUGAUUCAUGAGGGCAAGCAGCUUGAUGAUGGCAAGAAACUGGAAGACUAUGGUGUCAGAAAUCUAAGCACUAUUCACCUGACGCUCCGUCUAAGGGGAGGCUGAAGACACCCAGUAUCGACCUGAAACCACAGGUCACCUGAAGCCCUUAACUUAUUAUGCAUUCCAUGUCUAUAGAGAAAAAGCUAUCUUGUCCAAAAAUGACCAGUGUUACUUUUGUAGUCAGUUGUAAACUUUUAAAUUAAGCAUGGCUGAUAUUGGCUUUUGUUGAAAUAAUGUAAAUGAGAUUGUAAUAAAGUAAUAACCAAGUAUAAAA